AUGGGCUCGCGCAUUCCCCCGCCUGCCCGCUUCCGGCGCACAGAGGUGCAGAGCGGCAUCCAGCUCGCGCCGCUCGCGUCGUUCCUCACCAGUCUCACCACCGCGUCGCACCUUGUCAAGCUGGGUGACAUCCUCGACCGAUACCGCACACCCACCAGCUACCAUCGCGUAGACAUAAGGGUGGUCGAUACCUCAGACUUGCCGCCGAGUCCUGGAUGCAUCGAAUCUGCAGAGGAUACCGACAAGCUCGAGCGAUGGCGCCUCGAACGCGGUUCCCCCAUCAUUCAGGACGACGAACCUCCAGAAGUCACCAACGGCGGUGCCGAUCAGCCCAGCUCCAGUGGCGAAGCCAAAGAUGGUGCCGCAGAGGCUGCUACCGGCAGCGGCGAUGUCGUGGAGUUGCAGCAAGACGGUGGGAACGAUGAAGCGCCCGCCCCUCAGCUCCCGCCGCCCAGUGAUGUGCCCUCGCUGAGCACACCCGACGAGCCCAGUGCCAGUGGUGGUGCCAAGGAUGGUGCCGCAGAGGCUAAUUCUGGGGGCGGCGAUAUCGUGGAACUGCAGCAGGGUGGUGGGAACGAGGAAGACUCCACCCUCCCUCCAGGCUGUGGUGAUGCUUCCCAGGGGCACACAGUCGACAAUCAAGCACUCGGCGACCAACCGACUCUCGACGACCAACCCACACUCGAUACCUUACCGCCCACACUCGACACCUUGCCCCCCACCCUCGCUGGGACCGAGACUGCAGCAUCUACUAUUCCUGCUUCUGCACCCGAUCAUGCCGUCACCGACGAACCCCUAGCUGUCCUCCCGACCUCUUCUCCCACCGCAAGCACCUUGGCCGCCAUCCCCCUCUCCCGAGGCGCGUCGGGAGCACAGACACUUGUUUCGCUCAGCCAAGGCGCCAACCUCGUCCCCGUGACACCAGACGCCGUACCUUUACCAGAUCCAGAGCAAGUGCUGUCUGCGGCGACUCAGAUGGGCGCGGCGGGCAGCCUGUUCACAUCCGUUUUGGAGGACGCAGCCGACCACACUCCCGAUCAGUCGCGCCGCGCGAGCGUGGCCGAAGAUCCAGCACCCACGGGCCAGGCCGGAGGAGUGGAUCUCAUGGCCCCACCAGUGGGUCCCCCUGAUGACAUGAUGCCUGCCACGCUUGAGCAAGCGACGACGCUUCCGGAGUCGACAGAGGACAGUGCUGCGCCACCCAACUUCCCUCCAAUGGACGGCGAUGGGGGCCUUCCAGUCACUGCCGACCUCAUCGCGUUUGCCAUUGGCACCGUUUCGAUGAUGGCAAAUGGUACUGACCAGGAUAGCGACUAUCGUGAUCCCGGCGCACCACGACCUUCAUCCCGCUCGCCUUCGCCCGGUACGACUUGGCACCCUCCUCCCCCUGGCGGCUCGGCCCAACUCAAGCGCGAAAUGCGUAUCGACCUGCGCACCCUCGACCCAGCGGCCCUCUUUGCACUCGAGUUAUGGCGUCGAGAAGAACUGGGUCUUGAGCCUCUCGACUUGCUCGUCCCAGAGAGCAAGUGGUACGCCCAGCCUGAGCCUUCCCCGCCUCCAAAGAAGAAGAGGGGACGUCCCAGGAAGAGUGAUGUUCCCACGCAAGGUCCCGCGGCCGACAACACUGCUGCUUCCACUGCGGCUACACCCCAGGGAACAGAACAACCGACGACCAACGGUGACGGCGCUGCUGUCGCGACAGAAGUGAUCAACGUCGCGUCCUCGCCAUCUGAACCGCGCAACCCAUCACCUGACAUCAUCCUACCUGAUGGCUUUGACGGUGACGCUGCCAUGGAUGCCGACUUUGAACCGCCAAAAGAAUCUGCACCUCGAGGUCGACCCAGGGGUCGUGGACGUGGGCGUGGUCGCGGUCGUGGAAGUCGCAUGUCCGUCGGGGACAGGCAAACUAUCCAGGCCGAUCGGGAGAACAGCCAGGGAGAUGUUGUGGCUCAAGAAGAAGUGGCCAGCCCCCUGCCGGAGAGUAACGUCCAGCCUGAGAUUAUCAUUUUCGACGAGUCGCCUGCACGCUCGUCGCGGCGCAGCUCUCGAGCUAGGACCCUUGAGAUCCGGGGCCAGCGUGCGUCCAAGGCUAUAUCCGUCGACGACGACCUGGAGUCGAUCUCAUCACCCCCGCCGCGAUCAUCACCCCCGCCACGAUCGUCCCGACGCAGCCUCUUGGUUGUGUCUCCUCAGCCUCCUUCCCCGCGACUCAGCCAUGUCGAUGGUGCGUUGGAUAUGGCUAUCUCACCGCCCACUGCCACCACGCCUUCCGUCCAAGCCCUCACCACCAACGGCAGUCGACUCCCGUCUUCGGCCCGGCGCCCGAUGUUUGCACGCAAGGUCACAGGCGGAAAAGCCCCAAUGCUCCGUCCUGCUCUACCACCGGCACGACUGUUGAGGAGGACAACUGGCGAACCUUCCGCAAGUCCAUCCUCGACUGAUCCUCAGCUGCAGGCCCAUCGGUCGAUAGUGACCCACCAACCCCCGCUUUUCGACCCGGCGGAAUCCAGUGCAGGCCCAUCGAGGAGAAGCCGUAGUGGCUCGUUUGAGAUUGUGUCAGAGCCCAGCCAAUCUCUCGAGUCCUCUCAGCAGCGCCGGGGGCCCAGGCGCUUCACCGAGCUGGACAUUAGCCCCGAACCCUCUCCUGACUUGAUGGAGCCACUGCCCUCUUCUUCGCCGCCCAAGCACCGUCGUAGCGGCUCGCCGUUUGUGCUCAUGCCUGAGUCUGAACCGCUGGUUAUUACACGACGGUCGACAAAGCGACGCCGUGAGGCCACGGCAUCCGAGUCCAUGGAGCCCGAACCGCUCAUUGUUGAGCCCAGGCGGCGACAGCGCCAAGGUUCGCUGUUCGCCCCCAUGCACUUUGUGCCUCUGGAGCCUCUCGUGCGUCGACGCAAGCAGGGCCCAGAACCAACUCCCCAUAAGGAUGCUCCCAGUCGCCCUCGCGCACGCAAGCGUCUACUCACUACCGAGGAGCCAGACUUUGAGAUUCUAUCAGCGCCACCCCGUCGGUCGAAACGUCCUCUCUCGUUGUCGCCUGAGGCUGAAACGGACAAGUACGUCCUUCCCAAAGGUUACACCGCGUGCAGUCCCCGACAGUUCCUUGACCAUGUCGAGAUCCCGCACACUCGACCCAAACCUCGCGUCGUCCCCGCUGCGGCUGUCCCUGCGCCGGCGCCCACUCCAGCUCCUCCUGCCUCCAGAUCCCAACCCAACACGUCCAGGCCGGCAAAGACGCUCAAAAGGCCCCGGCAAUCCAUGCCUGCCGUCCUCUCCUCUGCCAAGAGGGUCAAGCGCGCCAGGAUCCAGUUCCAGAUCGCCACGCCUGCUGUCAAGCCCGAGCCCGCGUCGUCUCCUGUGCAGAGGGUGCUCGUGCUGUCGCCGCAGAGGACCAUUCCGUCCCCGCCCAGUCCGCCGAGGCGCCGGCUGGCGGUGGACGAGGAUGACGAGUGGGCAGACUUUAAAGGGUGGUGA